GUAAAACAAAGUUCCCAUGAUAAGCUCCGCCCACUUCGCCCUCCAAGCCAAUCGGCGGCCUGCAAAACGCUCAAAAAAGGGCGUUUUCCUCUCGUGCAGCCGUGGACUGUGAAGGCCCCUUUCGAGGGAAAUCAGUAGUUUGAAGACGAGCCGCGGGCGGCAGGAGCUCGCGCGUCCUCAUGCAGAGCAAUUUUUUUGUUUUAUUUUUAAUUAUCCCAAUUUGUUUACACACAUUUGUGUAAAAGUGGGUUGUGCUUUUGUAAUUUUUGUAUUUUUUUUUUAUGUCGAAACUCCGUUUUUUUGUUUUCUAUUGUCGUAUUUUGAAUUAACCGGCCGGAGUGGUGCCACAUUCCCAGCGGACCCCGCAGUGCAUCCUGUCCGUGGGGUGUGUGUGUGUGGGGGGGAGAGGUUACGCUGCAACACCGUCGGACGUUGAUUUCAACAAACCCGCAGGACGCGUAAAGGAAGUUGCAUUCUGGAUAUAUUUAGUUUUUCGUAAGUCUGCGUUGCUGCUGGACGCUUCGCAUCUUAUUUAUUUUUUGGGGUUACUUAAGUCGAGAUGGUCGGCAGGUUGAACUUCCCCAGCGGCUGUGAGGGAGACCCGCUGGGGAUGAGCUGCGGGGCGGACCGGGGACUGGACAGCCCGGACUCCGGGUUGCCCCCGAGCCCCGGCGCCUGGCUGCAGCCCGCAUGCGCAGACAAGACCCCCGGGGGCGCGAGCCCGGUGUCCGAGGAGGACGAGGGCGGAAGGGGCUCCAUGGUUCCAGUUUUACCCUCUGGCUCUCUGCUGCAGCCCCGGUCCUACGGGGAAGGCAUCGCACUCCACCCUCUACCGUCCACGGAGACGAGGUUCACCUCCUCCGUGCGCUACGACUCGGCGCGGCACUUCAUCCAGGCCGUGGCCCUGUGGCCGACGGGCCGGGCCCUGGAGCGCUACGCUCAGACGGUGACGGCCGUGCCUCACAGCACGUGGCGCCGCUACAAGACGCAGCUGGAGCUCCGCCCCCGCCAGCGGCCGCAGCGCUUCCAGAGCACCGCCAUCGUGUUCCCCAAGGCGGCCAGCGCCCGCUACGCCACGGAGCUGAGCUACGACGGCCGGCGGCGCGCCCGCCGCUUCUUCUCCAGCGUGAAGCUGGAGGCGGCGGCUGACCGGCCGGCGCCUCCCCCUCACUGAGGGGGAGGGGACUAUACUGUAGCUCCGCCCCCUCAAGGCUGGCUGUUGUUGACCUGCUGUGUACAGAUGUGUAUUCUGGUUUUAUCUUUUUCUGACCCUUUCAAGUCCCCCCCCCCCCCCCCGUUGCUGUGAUGUCAUCAGAUGGACAAACGUGGACCAAGCGGCUCAGACGUCCGGUCCGUCUUUUUCGUUUUAUUCCCGACAUCGAACAAUAAGAUGGAUUCUUCAUGUUAAAGUUUCACUUGGCGGCUCGAGCUUUAUUGUUUUGGUUUUACUCGCUGAAAAAUGGAUGAAGAGAAUACUUUAUCCCCCCCAGCAACGAGUCUGUCUCUCUCCUGUCUCUCUCUCUCUGUCUCUCUGUCUGUCUCUCUCCUGUCUCUCUCUCUCUCCUGUCUCUGUCUCUGUCCUCUCUCUCUCCUGUCUCUCUCCAUCUCCUCUCUCUCCUCUCUCCUGUCUCUGUCUCUCUCCAUCUCUCUCUCUCUCUCUCUCUCUCUCCAUCUUCUGUCUAUCUCUCCUGUCUCUCCAUCUCUCUCUCCAUCUUCUAUCUAUCUCUCCUGUCUCUCUCUCUCCUGUCUCUCCUCUCUCCCUCCUUUUCUCUCUCUCUCCCCCCCCCCCCCCCCUCCAUGUUGCCUCCAGUACAUAGAGUUCACGCUGACGUCUCACUCCUUUAUCUCACUCCUUUAUCUGCUCAACAAACUCUCUCUCUUCUCUUCUCUCUGACCACCGGCUGCAUUCUUAAUGUAUUAUUAGGACGUUUGAAAUUUUUUUUGGGUGUAUUGCCGUAAAAAACCCAUUUAAAUGGUCUGGCAGGAUCAUGAGUGGAGUUUACUUAAAUAUAUAUUUCACUCUCUGGUAAACAGAAUAACGAGCUGCAUUCCACUGCCAUCACUUUCUCUUUUGGAUUUAAAUUAUAUUUAUUCUCCUUAAACUUUGAGGUUCAGGACUUUUUGUUGUCGGCUGUUUAUCGGGUCCAUUCAGUCACGAGAAGGGAUGUUUCUGCGAUGCCUGUUUGAAAUGUGUUUUUUUUAAGAGGCGGUAUUUCUUUUCUUUUUUUAAAGAUUACAGCAGAAAGUGCAAAUUGUCAUUUUGACCCACACAUUCAAACGCGCUAAAAAUAAAAGACCACAGGAAUGUAGGGUAUGCAAUAAAUAGUUUAAAUGUUUUUUUGGGGUUAUCAACUUGAUUUUUACAAUCUACUACAGGAAGAAAACUGUUUUUAAUGCAUUGACUGAAUGCCACGAAUAAAAUGCUUGACUAACACUUAAACGUUUGCAAAUGAUUGAUGGACAUUUUUAGACCUUCAGUUUUCUGCUGCUUUAUCGCCCUCUGGUGGCCAUCGAGGGUAAGUACAACAAUGGAUUUAAAUUCCAAGUCGCGGUUUUGUUUCCCCUUUAUUUCUGUGGUCCUAAAGAUUUUCUGCACAACAAAACAAGGAUAAUUCAUUAAAUCGGGAAUAACUAAAAUUAAAUAAAUGAUUAUAAUUAAGUUUACAUUUUUGCAUUAAAAUAUUCAGCUGGGAAAAUAAUAUGUUGCCCCUGUAAUUUACUAUCGGACCAAAUUUAAAGCCCUUUUAAUCUGAUAUCAGCCAGAACGUUGCUUCUUUUAGGCAUUUAAAAAAAAAUAGCGUACAAGUUAAACUCUACAUAAAACAUUGUAACUAUCUUAAUGACUACUGAUUUUGAUUACAUGUUUUGUUUUUAACUAAUACAAUCUGCAGUAUGUGUAAUGAAUAAAGUUUGUUGCGCUGA